AUGGGUUGUUUAAUAAAGAAUUAUAUCUUAGAAUUGAUAUCAAAAAUGAUGAAAAAGAUAAAAAAUGAUCAAAAUGAAACAAAAGAAGAAUCAUCUUUAAGAAACAAAUUGGUUAACGAUGAAAAAUAUAAAAAUAAUCGUACCAAAAUGGAAGAAGAACUAUUUAAUUUCAGAACACCGGAAAGGUUACCUCCACUUAUCAACCACGCCCCAAGAAAAAAAAAGAAAAAGAUGUAUAUUAGUACAAGAGUAAAAGACAGAAGAUGUGAAAUAGAUAAUCAAAGUCUUAAGUUUGGGUCUAGUGAAGCUGCUUUGGCUGCUCUUGAUAAACAAUUAGAAGAAUUAGAAAAAGAAGUUAUGAAAAAAGUUAUGAAAAAAUUUAUGGAGUUUAGGAAAAACUCUACUCACUAA